ACGAGGACGUGCGUGACCGGUACUCCCACAAUUCAACUCGGCGCGCGCGCGAAAGCUGCCUGAGGUAAACAACAGAAGAGUGCAGCUCGCUGACAGACCUAGAGUCUAGACCGAGGAAGCAAUGAGCACAAAAGACAGUGCUGGUGUCGCACAGAUCCUCGCUUACCUGAAUGAGAAAAACAGACCCUAUAGUGCUCAGGAUGUCUUUACAAACCUACAGAAGCAGUGUGGUCUGGGUAAAACGGCUGUGGUCAAAGCAAUGGAGCAGCUGGCCCAGGAGGGAAAGAUUCAAGAGAAAGUCUAUGGAAAGCAGAAGAUCUACUUUGCAGAUCAGUCUCAGUUUGCGGAUGUGAGUGAUGCUGAACUUAAGGAGAUGGAUGCUCGUGUUGCAGAACUCGGUGCUGAAGUACAGACCAUCUCACAGAGCUGCAGGCAGCUGGAUACAGAACUGAAGGAGCUGAACAGCUCAUUAACCACAGCAGAGAUGAAGGCACAGAUCCAGGAGCUGCAGGCAGAGUGCUCUGGGUACAGAGAGAGGCUGGAUAAAAUCAAGUCAGCUACAAACCAUGUGACCCCUGAGGAGAAGCAGAAGGUUUACAAGGAGAGAGAGACUUAUGUGAAGGAGUGGAGGAAGAGGAAGAGAAUGGUUACCGAUAUGGUUGGAUCUAUUUUGGAGGGGUACCCAAGAUGCAAGAAACAGUUUCUGGAGGAGGCUGGGAUUGAAACCGAUGAGGACCAUAAAGUGGCAAUGCCCAACAUCUGACGGAGGACUCGCUGAUUAAAUUCAGAUGCCGCCAACAUCGUUGCUGGGACACCAGACCUUUGGAAAGGUUGGAAAGUAAUGUAGAGGAUUCUGGGACACUGAGAGAACUGUUUUGUUAAAAACCAAUCCUAUUUAUAAAAGUUCUGUUGGGAAAGAAAGAACAAACAAGCUGUAAAUAAGUUUGAACAUUGUUUAUUUUUCAAUUAAAAAAAUUAUACUGAUACAAAAAUAUUUCCACCAGAUUCUUCUGUUGAAGUCAGAAAUGCAGAAGCACAGAGUCUACUAUAGUAGUUCAGCACGACGUAGCCUCGUUUCUGUGAGCUGGCAUUCGCUCCACUGUAUGGCUUAACUUGUAAAGAUGUCCCUUAUUCCAGCACAGGUCAAACAGUUGAUUGUACAAUCAUGUUAUUUAAAAAAAAAAAGAUCUCAAUACCUAAAAAUCUGUGUCCUGAGUAGACUUCUAAUUUUCAUUACGCCUUAAUUAACAUUCAUUGAAAAUAUAAAUAGAAUUGGGCGAUCACACCAUGUGAAGCUGCUACCACGCACGGAUGCGACUGUGUCUUCAUUGAUAGCUUAUGCAGCACAAAACAUACUGAUCACAAGAGCUUAAACCAUUAUAAAUGUAGAAUAAAACAUUAUUGCGUUACAACAAAGCUGAACAAAAACUGACAUAACAUGACAAAAAAGAGGUUUAUCUUCCAUUAUUUGUGCUUAGACACUGCAAUCUUUGGUCACAGCAUCCCAAGGACAAAGAGGAACUAAGAUGGCUCAGCAUUGCCUAACUUUAAUUAUAUUAAAGCAUGCCAGACAGCUGUUUUUGGACGUAUAAAAACCAACUGCCAGUGAUGCAUCACAGUGUAACCAGACCUCCCCUUUCCAGCACUAGGCUGUUCGUAAAGGUGAAAAUGUAGUUGUGCUUUGGAAAAUAAUUUGAACAUGAGGUAAAGAUGAUAACUGAAUGCAACACACCAAGCUUAAUCAUUCAAAGGCAGCUGUCUGGUUUAUAAUGCAGUAAAUUGAGACAUAUCUCUCACCUCAGUAUAUGGGGUGUGAAGUUGUCUUACAGCCGAGUAUUCCUCAUAUAUGUGGUUGUCGGGAUGCUGUUUUAUCGUAGCAUCACAACUGCAAACUUUUGAAAAUAUGAAUACUGAUGAAACUCUUCUGGUUUUAGACUAAACAGAAAUUAUUAAACUUCAGGACUGUGGUGUGUUCGACAACAUCAACUAAACAGAACUUACACAUUCUUUAAUUUCUAAACCAGCUGAAGGCGUGUGAGGAAACAAUCUUAGAUCAGAUUAUUACCUUCCAAAUUAUUAGUAAUACAAUGACUGAUCGGAAUAAAUUACUGCAUUUCCACAUUUGUUGAUUGGAAUCACUGCCAUAAACACUGUCAGUCAAUACUUGAGCAAGCACUACUUCAUCUCUUUAGAGUUCUUGAAUGCACCCCAGUCCAUUAGUGUGCUGAUACCCUGCUGCAUAGUGUGUGUGUGUGUGUGUGUGUGUAUGUGUGUGAACGAGAGACUGUUCUUGAAUGAGAUAUCAGCCUGAGAGACAGA